AUGGCCUACCAAGGCUCUGGCUCCCAUUCGCCGCCCCAGUACGACGACAACGGGCACCGACUUCAGGAUCUGCCUCAUACUUCUUACGAAGAGGAAGCGUCGAGAGGAUUGCUAUCCAACCAGCAGGGUCCUUUCACUGGUCCGUUCGAUGACCCUCACCAGCGCGGUCAUUCUCCAACUCGUCCCGUCUCCGGAUACAGUCUGACCGAAACCUACGCCCCUGAAGCGGCUUACUCCGACCCCUACAACACCGCCGGUCCUGGUUCGGUGUACUCUGCCCAGUCGACCGAAAAUCCAGCCGCAGCCUUUGGUGUCCCUGGGCGUGUCGCUUCCCCCUAUGCUCGAAGCGACACCUCGUCAACAGAGGCAUGGCGCCAGCGACAAGCUCCUGGAGGCGGCCCCGGUGGUCUGCGACGUUAUGCUACCAGAAAGGUCAAGCUGGUGCAGGGUUCCGUCCUGAGUGUGGAUUAUCCUGUGCCUAGCGCCAUUCAAAACGCCAUUCAGGCGAAAUACAGAAACGACCUUGAGGGCGGUAGCGAGGAAUUCACGCACAUGCGAUACACCGCGGCGACGUGCGAUCCCAAUGACUUCACCUUGCACAACGGUUAUAAUCUGCGACCUGCGAUGUACAACAGACAUACCGAGCUGCUGAUCGCGGUCACCUACUACAACGAAGACAAGACCCUCACAUCGCGUACUCUGCACGGUGUCAUGCAGAACAUCCGAGACAUUGUGAAUCUCAAGAAAUCCGAGUUCUGGAAUAAGGGUGGUCCCGCCUGGCAGAAGAUCGUGGUCUGCUUGGUCUUCGACGGUAUCGACCCCUGUGACAAGGAUACGCUCGAUGUUCUGGCAACGAUCGGUAUCUACCAGGAUGGUGUCAUGAAGCGUGACGUUGACGGAAAGGAAACGGUGGCUCACAUCUUCGAAUACACAACUCAAUUGUCCGUGACCCCGAAUCAGCAGCUCAUCCGACCCACAGAUGACGGUCCCAGCACGCUCCCUCCGGUGCAGAUGAUGUUCUGCCUGAAGCAGAAGAACAGCAAGAAGAUCAACUCGCACAGAUGGCUCUUCAAUGCCUUUGGUCGCAUUCUCAACCCUGAAGUCUGCAUUCUUCUUGAUGCGGGUACAAAGCCCGGCCCCAAGUCGCUCCUUUAUCUGUGGGAGGCCUUCUACAACGAUAAGGAUCUCGGUGGUGCAUGCGGUGAGAUUCACGCCAUGUUGGGUAAGGGUUGGAAAAACCUGAUCAACCCGCUGGUCGCUGCCCAGAACUUUGAGUAUAAGAUCAGUAACAUUCUGGAUAAACCUUUGGAAAGUUCCUUUGGAUACGUCAGUGUGUUGCCGGGUGCCUUCUCAGCCUACCGAUUCCGCGCCAUUAUGGGCCGUCCGCUGGAGCAGUACUUCCAUGGUGACCAUACGCUCUCUAAGCAACUGGGUAAGAAGGGUAUCGAAGGCAUGAAUAUUUUCAAGAAGAACAUGUUCUUGGCCGAAGAUCGUAUUCUCUGUUUUGAGCUGGUCGCGAAAGCUGGCUCCAAGUGGCAUUUGUCGUACGUCAAGGCCUCCAAGGGUGAAACUGAUGUGCCAGAAGGUGCUCCUGAAUUCAUUUCCCAGCGUCGUCGUUGGCUGAACGGUUCGUUCGCUGCCGGUAUCUACUCGCUCAUGCAUUUCGGUCGGAUGUACAAGAGUGGACACAACAUCAUCCGCAUGUUCUUCCUGCACAUUCAGAUGUUGUAUAACAUCUUUUCUACGAUCCUGACAUGGUUUUCUCUGGCUUCCUACUGGCUUACUACAACGGUCAUCAUGGACCUGGUCGGCAGUCCCUCUGAUGAAAACGGCCAUUCUGCCUUCCCAUUUGGUAAAACCGCGACUCCAGUUAUCAACACCCUGGUGAAGUACAUCUACCUGGGUUUCUUGCUUUUGCAGUUCAUUCUCGCUCUGGGUAAUCGUCCCAAGGGUUCCAAGUUCUCGUAUCUCGCGUCUUUCGUGGUGUUUGGCAUCAUCCAGGUCUAUGUUGUGAUCGAUGCUCUGUACCUGGUGGUGCGCGCAUUUACCGGAACUUCCAAGAUGGAUUUCGUCACCGAUAAGGGUGUCGGCGAGUUCCUCAGUUCCUUCUUCGGAUCCAGCGGUGCUGGUAUCAUCAUUAUCGCCCUCGCAGCUACAUUCGGUCUCUACUUCGUGGCAUCCUUCAUGUACAUGGAUCCCUGGCAUAUGUUUACCUCCUUCCCUGCCUAUAUGUGUGUCCAGUCGUCCUACAUCAACAUUCUGAACGUCUAUGCCUUCAGCAACUGGCACGAUGUCUCCUGGGGUACCAAGGGUUCCGAUAAGGCAGACGCACUUCCCUCGGCCAAGACCACCAAAGACGAUAGCAAGGAGGUUGUCAUUGAAGAAAUCGACAAGCCCCAGGCCGAUAUUGACAGUCAAUUUGAGGCCACCGUCAAGCGUGCCUUGACACCCUAUGUACCACCGGUGGAGAAGGAGGAGAAGACCCUGGAAGAUUCGUACAAGAGUUUCCGAACCCGACUGGUCACCUUCUGGAUUUUCAGCAACGCUCUCUUGGCUGUCUGCAUUACCAGCGACGGUGUUGACAAGUUUGGUUUCACGAACAAUGCCACCGAUCGAACAUCCCGUUUCUUCCAAGCUCUGCUGUGGUCCAACGCCGUCGUCGCCGUGUUCCGCUUUAUCGGAGCCACUUGGUUCCUGGCCAAGACCGGUGUUAUGUGCUGCUUUGCUCGGCGGUAG